CACGGCUGGUUUUCCUCUCACAGAGUGAGGCAAGCCAACAGGCAGUCUAUUUCCCCCUAACCCGCCCUGCUGCACAGAGAGACUAAGGCAUGCCUCCCGUUUCAAGAGUCCCUCUGAUCUUGCUGGUGCUCCUGGGAACAUCUGCCAGUGCGCUGGAUUGGGCCCUGGAAGGAGAAUGGAAAGGAUGGAAGGAAGUUCAUGCCAAGCAAUACCUCAAGGAGGAAGAGGCAUUUCGUCGGACCGUCUGGGAGAAAAACCUGCGGAGGAUUGAGCAGCAUAACCGGGAGGGGAACAGCUUCCAGCUGGCAAUGAACCACCUGGGCGAUUUGACGGAUGAAGAGUUUAACGAGAUGCUCAGCAGCUUCCGUUCUGACUUGGCCGACCAACCCGGUAAGAAGGUUGCCUUGUUCCAAGAAUCCGCCAGCCUGGAGACUCCCAAGGAAGUUGACUGGCGCACCAAAGGAUAUGUCACCCCAGUCAAGAACCAGGGCCACUGCGGAUCCUGCUGGGCAUUCAGCGCCACUGGAGCACUUGAAGGGCUGCGCUUCAACAGGACAGGCAAGCUGAUCCCGCUAAGCGAACAGAACCUCAUUGAUUGCUCCUGGAAGCUGGGCAACCAGGGCUGCCACGGAGGGUACAUCACCCGGGCCUUCGAGUACGUGCGGGAAAACGGAGGCAUAAACUCAGAGACCAGCUACCCGUACUUGGAGAAAGAUGGAUCCACGUGCAGUUACAACUCUCAGGACCGCGCGGCCAACUGCACAUCCGUCGUGGUGGUCCCAGUGGGGAACGAGGUGGCCCUGGAGCAGGCUGUGGCAACCAUUGGGCCGGUUUCGGUGGCCGUGGACAGCAGGAGCUUCUACUUCCAUUUCUACAAGUCAGGGGUGUUUGACAGCUCCUCGUGUACCCAGCUGGUGAGCCACGCCAUGCUGGCCGUUGGUUAUGGGACGCUCCGGGACGGUGGGAACAACACGGCUUAUUGGAUCCUAAAGAACAGCUGGUCUGAGAAAUGGGGAGAGCAAGGCUACAUGCGAUUGGUGAAGGGCACUGGCAAUCACUGUGGCAUAGCCAAUCAAGCCAGCUACCCCGCCCUGUAAGCUUCUCAAGAGCCAGAAUCCCACCCCUCCCGACCUGCCCCACCUGAACCUGUUGCACAGCUAUGAAUCCUCAGUUGCUGAACAUGCAAUUUCACGUUCUCUGAGAAAAGCUGAAAUUGCAAAGGAAAUCAUGUAUAGUGGUCCCUCGGGUUAAGUACUUAAUUCGUUCUGGAGGUCCGUUCUUAACCUGAAACUGUUCUUAACCUGAAGCACCACUUUAGCUAAUGGGGCCUCCUGCUGCUGCCGCGCUGCCAGAGCACGAUUUCUGUUCUCAUCCUGAAGCAAAGUUCUUAACCUGAAGCACUAUUUCUGGCUUAGUGGAGUGUGUAACAUGAAGCGUCUGUAACCUGAGGUACCACUGUACUAUUAUUACCUGCUGGGCUUCCUGACUUCCCUGUUCCUUAGUUGUUGUUGUUUUAAAUGUCUCUGUCCUGCAUAUAAUUCUGAUGCACACUUUAUCCUUGUAUCGCUUUCCAUUUGGCAGCAGCAACCUGCAUUUUGUUGCCUUAUUAAAUAAACGUGGAAUUCUGAAA